AUCGCAUUCCGCAACUUGUCAGAUUUUUGAGAUGGCCCCCACCAAAGGCCGGAAUCAGAACCCUAGUGGGCUGGGCAGGGCUAUCAUUAACAGGAAAACACAAGAUGCACGCCGCGCACAAGAAUCAGGUCUUUACACAACAGAUAUCGACAGCACCGCCCGUUUACGGUCCGUAACGCAAGAGAACGAUCUAGACGAGUUCUUGAAUACCGCGCAGCUGGCGGCGACCGACUUCACUGCUGAACGUCGAAAUGUCAAAAUCAUCAGCGUUCCUGCAGCGACAAGCCACAAUCCGUUCUUAUUGACGGAGGAAGAGGAGAGAAGGACGCUGGAGAGGUUCCGGGAGAAUAAACAACGUCUGCGUGUACCUCGAAGACCGCCGUGGACAAGGGAUAUGUCCCCCCAGCAGCUCGACAGACAGGAGAAGGACGCCUUCCUGGAAUGGCGAAGAGGACUAGCCGACCUACAGGAUCGCGAUAGCUUCCUUCUGACGCCCUUCGAGCGGAAUAUCGAAGUCUGGCGUCAAUUAUGGCGUGUUAUAGAACGUUCACACCUGGUUGUACAAAUCGUAGACGGUCGAAACCCUCUACGAUUCCGCUGUGAGGACCUGGAGUCAUACGUCCGGGACGUCGAAGGAACUGAAGGAGAAAAGGGAACUGGGAAAGGAAAGCGGCGGAACUUGCUGCUCAUAAAUAAAGCUGAUCUGCUUACUGCCAAGCAAAGACGGCUUUGGGCAGACUAUUUUGAUGAGCAAGGAGUGCAGUACGCUUUCUUCUCGGCAGCGAACGCUACUGCGUUGCAGGAGGCCAGGAAAGAAGCUUGGGCUCGUGCCGAGGCUGAGGCUGAGGCCGAGGAUGGGGGGGACGACGAUAGCACCUCAGGCUCCGAUGAUAAUCAUUCCGAAUCAACUCCUCCACACUCAGAAAGUGAAGAAUCUGAUGAGGAGCAGGAGGGUGCUCUUGGCCAUGCUGCACUUUUAUCCGAGGAGGAGUCAUCCGACGACGAAUUAUAUUUCUCUUCCGAGGAAGACACAGCAGACGGGCAGGAUCCAAGGGCCAAAGUACUCAGUGUUCUGGAACUUGAAGCAUUAUUCGUUCGAGCCGCUCCUGACCUGAGCACCUUCGCGGAUUCUUCCGGCAACCAUCCAACCAAGUUGGUCGUCGGGUUAGUUGGAUACCCGAACGUCGGGAAGUCGAGUACUAUUAACUCCCUGUUGGGCGAAAAGAAGGUCAGCGUCUCGUCUACGCCUGGCAAGACGAAGCAUUUCCAGACCAUCAAUCUAUCACCGACCAUGACCCUCUGCGACUGUCCUGGUCUUGUCUUUCCUCAGUUUGCUACGACCAAGGCGGACUUGACAUGCGAUGGAGUUUUACCUAUCGACCAGAUGAGGGAAUAUACGGGCCCUGUUACUUUGGUAGUCAAGCGGAUACCGAAGGAGGUGCUGGAAGCCACGUACGGUUUGAGUAUGAGGACAAGUGGUUACGGACAGGAAGUAACCGCGUCGGACCUCCUGAUCCCCUACGCAAUUUCUCGAGGCUUCAUGCGGUCCGGCCAAGGAAAUCCUGACGAAGCUCGCGCCGCCAGGUACAUCCUUAAAGACUACGUAAACGCGAAGCUUCUGUACUGCCACCCUCCGCCAGGAGUGCCAGAAGAUGAUUUCAACCAGCAAACACGUGAGCUUGCGCUCAAACGAAUGGCAGGGAAAAAGAAAGCACCCGUGACUCGAGUCGUCAAGAAGGCCGAUACAUUCGUUCCCACCGCGUCCCCAUCCAAUGGCCAGGCUGCGUCUACCGCCGAUGGUUUCAAAUCGGAUAACUUGGACCGGGAAUUCUUUCAAGCAAACUCAGGUCUUUCUUCUCGAGCGUUCAUUAAAGGAGCGAGGAAGAAUGGAAAAGAAUUCUCUAGGCCCAAUACACUCCCUCAUCAGAACUCCGUGGCGGAUGACGGAACACCUCCCUUGGUUUUGCGCGUAGUUGUUGCACUGAGCGUCAAUAAACCUGUUACAAUCGGUCGGAACCCUGCCAUCUGCUCCUAUUUACUCUCCGACAUUGUUGUCUCUAGCGUGCACUGCAAGGUGUAUGCUGUCCCUUCGGGAGAUGGGGGCGUGAUUGUUUCAUGUCAGCAAAUUGGCGCAUACACAGUGACCUCUCAUCGCUUAGGCCAGGGAAGCUUUGCUAGCGUCCAUCUUGCACUGGAUCCAGCGAAUCAUAGGCAGGUCGCAUGCAAAAUCAUCAAGACCAAAAAGGAACACGAGCUGCGUGGUGUCAUGAAAGAAGUCAGAAUACUACUGGCCCUCAACCAUCCAAACAUCAACAGGGCUUAUAAUGUCGAAGUGAAUGGUAAAUUCCUGCAUAUAUUCCUUCAGUUAUGCACAGGCGGCGACUUGUUCGCAUACAUCGUGAGUCGUAAAGAAACAGAACAUCGUUUGUGUGAAGGCGAAGCGAAGUAUAUCAUGUACCAAUUACUCCGUGGUCUCACCUACCUCCACAACAAGAUGAUCUGUCACCGUGAUCUCAAGCCGGAGAAUAUUCUCCUUCACGCCCCUGGCUCCUAUCCUCGAAUCCUGAUCGCGGAUUUCGGCCUUGCAAGACCGAAAGCAUACCAAGAGACCCUCAAUGCUUGCGGGACUGUCUGCUACUUGCCUCCUGAGGCCAUUCUAGCGCUGGACCACAAAGACAGAGGUUACGUCGGCAUGCCUUCGGAUUGCUGGAGCGCUGGCGUUAUCUUGUACAUUAUGCUUACUGGCAGCCAUCCCUUCGACUACGGGCCGUAUGACUACGAAUCUUCUCGUCAGCAUGGCGGCACCGAGCAGAGCUAUUCUCAGUUUUCUCAGGCCUCUGUCGAUCGCAACAGAAUUGUCAAGGAGCGUAUAAUUAACUACGAAUUAGAGUUUGACCAGUCAAUCUGGAAGACGGUCCCUGACGCCCAGGCUCUGGUAUCCCGUUUACUCAUAUACGACUACCAGCAACGAGCGACUGUCUAUGGGGCAAUGCGAAGCUCCUGGAUCCGUUCAGAUCUGCAGGACUUGGAGAAUGCAUACCGCACGCGAAUAUCGUCUUCCUGA